UCCCCCGGCAGUGUCGGGGCUGUGCCGUACGCUCCGAGCGCUCUCAGGAAAGAAUGAGUAUGAUCUUCUGGUCAUUGGUGGAGGGUCUGGAGGCCUUGCUUGUGCAAAAGAAGCUGCUCAGUUUGGAAGAAAAGUGGCUGUUCUGGAUUAUGUUGAACCUUCCCCACAAGGAACUGCAUGGGGACUUGGUGGAACUUGUGUGAAUGUUGGCUGCAUUCCUAAAAAGCUUAUGCAUCAAGCAGCUCUUUUAGGGAGUGCCAUUAAAGAUGCCCAACACUAUGGCUGGAAUAUAUCCCAACCUGUUCAUCAUACCUGGUCUGUGAUGGCACAAGGUGUUCAGAAUUAUGUAAAAUCCUUGAACUGGGGACACAGAGUGCAACUACAAGAAAAGAAGGUGAAAUAUUUCAACAUAAAAGGAAGUUUUUCUGAUCCACAUACAGUCCGUGGUUUAACAAAAGCAGGUAAAGAGAUCGUUGUUACUGCAGAUAAUAUUGUCAUUGCUACUGGAGGAAGACCAAAAUACCCUACACAUGUUGCAGGUGCACUGGAGUAUGGAAUCACAAGUGAUGAUCUCUUCUGGUUAAAGAAGUCUCCUGGAAAAACGUUGGUUGUUGGAGCCAGCUAUGUUUCCCUUGAGUGUGCUGGUUUUCUAACAGGCAUUGGAUUGGACACUACAGUCAUGAUGAGAAGUGUCCCACUUCGUGGGUUUGAUCAGCAAAUGGCUUCUUUAGUAACUGAGCACAUGGAAUCUUAUGGCACAAAAUUUUUAAAGAGAUGUUUCCCAACUAAAGUUGAAAAAUUGGAGAGCGACAGAUUGCAAGUCACUUGGAAAAAUGCUGACCUGGACACAGAAGAAACCGAUUCUUUCAACACCGUUAUGUGGGCAGUAGGCCGAGUUCCUGACACCAAAACUCUCAAUUUGGAGACAGUUGGAGUGAAAACUAACUCUGAAACUGGAAAGAUUAUUGUUGAUGCCAGUGAAGCUACUUCUGUUCCUCACAUUUAUGCAGUUGGAGACAUAACAGAGGGCCGUCCUGAAUUAACACCCACAGCAAUAGCUGCAGGAAAACUGCUGGCUCAGCGUCUUUUCGGCCAGUCUUCAGAACUGAUGGACUAUGACAAUGUGCCUACCACAGUCUUCACUCCCUUGGAAUAUGGUUGUGUUGGCCUGUCAGAAGAAGCAGCUGUGCAACGUCAUGGAUCAGACAAUAUUGAGGUAUACCAUGCGUAUUAUAAACCUUUAGAGUUCACAGUGGCUGAAAGAGAUGCAACUCAAUGCUAUAUGAAAAUGGUGUGCUUACGAGAGAGGGAGCAACGAAUACUUGGCCUUCAUUUCAUUGGACCAAAUGCAGGCGAAGUUAUUCAAGGAUUUGCUCUUGGAAUCAAGUGUGGUGCUACAUAUCCUCAGAUGAUGAAGACAGUUGGCAUUCACCCCACCUGUGCUGAAGAAGUUACCAAGUUGCACAUUACAAAGCGUUCUGGCCUGGAUGCAACAGUCACAGGCUGCUGAGGUUAAAUACCAUCCCUGGAAAGAAGGAAAAAAAGCACAAAACAUAUUUGUAAAGAAAGGGGGUACUGAAAGUUGAAACAGCUUUAAUGGUUCAGGUUACAGGAAUUUUUUUUUUGUUUUUUUGUAGAGAGGUUUUUCUCAUAGCCGAAAAAUUUUCCUUGCACCAUCACAGUUCUAAAACCAAUGUAGUCCUGCUGCAACAAAUCUCUCUUUCUGAGUGCCUGAAGCUCUUCUGUUGCUGGCAGCUAGGGAAUGAUCCCAGUAUUUCAUAUGUAAAUAUAACUAAAGCCCGUGACAUCUGAGGCCAUCUACAAAUGAAGCAGUUGUCAUUUGGGUUUCCCUGUUGGUCAGCAGAAGAGUCUCAGAUGCUGGGAAUCAGACAGGACAUCCCUUAGAAGUUUGGUGGGAUGCUUUAUCCUGCAUGCUUGGGUGGCUCAUUACUGAUCCUAAUAUUGAACACUGAGACUCUGCAUUCAUUACUUGAUCCUAAUAUUGAACACUGAGACUUUGCAUUCACUAGUGGAAACAAGUUCCUGGAGUGCAUAACAAAGGGUAAGCAAUCAUCUUUGGGUUUUUUUCCUUUAAAAUGUAAUAUGUAAUGGAAUUUAAUAGAAAAUCACCUGAAGCUGUACUGCUGCUGGAAGAAUCACAAUGGAUUAAUCAUUAGCAGCCUGGUCACACUGUUAUGGAGAGGACUGAGAAUGAAUGAUCUCAGAGGUGCUAAAGAAAGAGUUGAAUUUUAUGGUGGCGUCUCUGCCUACUCCUCAAAUUUUUAAUUCAGCUCAGUCCAAACUAAAUUGACACAUCUCACAAAUUACUGCUUGAACAGUGUAUAUUAAGCUGACAAGUAGAGUAAAACCCUCUAAUAAUCCACCUUAUGCAGCAUUUUCUGUUUUAUAGAAUGCAGGAAUAUGGCUGACACUUAAAUAUUUUCUUGGUUUGUUUUUAAGACUUUCUUACUGAUGAGCUGGAGACUAUAUCUGAACUGACUUAUGUCUGGCUUUAAUAAAACAUGUUACUGAAGGGAACUGCAUUAAGCAGUGAUCCAGAAGAGAAAUGGUCCUGCCCUGAACAAAGAUAUAAAAUAAUCAUCUGCAACUUUUUCUUUUUUUUCUGUUUUUGUGUACUGGCCCGAGUAAGAAAGUAUUACCCUGUUGAAAAUUCCUGAUGAUUUUCGUGCUCUCCAGAAGGGGGAGGUGCUGGCUCAUCUGUGGCAGGAGAGGAACAAAUCUGAGAGUGAAGCCUCUUGUGCAGAGCCCUGUUAAGGAGGUAGCCUGACAAAGGCAAACACAAACCAAUCUGCACUGAAUUUCAAUUCCAGUCGCAGUUUCUUGCACCCUUUACAGCAGAGUAUUGCACAUUGGAAGAGACCAGCUUCAGGUGAAACAAAAUAUAUCCUUUUUGCAGCUAAUUUACAUCAGUGUUUUAUGUGUGGAAUUUGUUAUUUUCAUUCCAAACUUGUUGAAGUUUUGAAGAAUAGUCUGAUGAUCAUAUGAUAGUAUGAUAUCAUACAGAUAUAGCAUGUAUAUCUGCUAUUUUAAUUUGAUUGGUAUUUCACUGCUGGAACAAUACAGACAAAUGGGUAGUUUAUAUCGAGUGUGAAAUAAUUUUUACCAUGAGAGUUUAACCUGUCUGAGAAACUAUUAGGCAAAAGGGAUCAAAACUUCCUUGUAAAAUAGGAUUUAACAGCAUUUAUCACACUCUCAUUGAUAUAAGAAUAUUAAAUUUUCAAUUUUUUUUUAACUUAAACAAAAGAAGUUCUAAAUGUUUUCUCUACAAAAUUUCCUGAUUUUUUUUUGGUCCACAUUUCUGGUCCAUAAACUAGAAAUAAGUGAUACAGUUGGACUCCAAGUGGCAUUCCAUAUCAGAUCUGCUGAUGCCAUUUUUCAUCUGUGAAGUCAUCCAUAAGUUUGUAGUUGACCAGAAAUAUUUGGACUGGAAAUGUUGUUGAAACAACGCCUGAAUCUUGCAGCUGCCUUUAGAAGAAAUUAUUAAAACUUUAUAUAAAUAGAUGCAUACCUGCACAUUCAGAAGUUUCUCUUUUCCUUUAAUAAAGGGCCUUAUGAGUAUGGUGCAGCCAAAACCCUUGCUGGAUUUUCCUCAGCUGUUUACAAAAAAGGAAUUCAGAGUAAAUUAGGGUUUCUUAAAAUGUUUUACUUAAAAUUUCAAAAUUUGGAGAUACAGCCUAAUAGCAAUUUUGCUGUGAGAAACAGCUCACCUCUGACAAAACUUCGUUUAUGCAUACAAGUUUUUCUUUCAAGUUAUUAUCUAUUAUAGUUCCUUUUGUUUCCCAAAAAUUAAAGCACUGGUGUUUAACCAUGUAAAAUCUGCUUCUCUUCUCUGCCCUCCCAAUGCAUCCAGUAGACAGAGUUGUCUGUCCAUACAGACAAAUCAAUGGAAAGAUGAGUUCAUUUCAUUCAUUCGAAAGUUCAAAUUAAUUAUUUGGGACAGCAAAUAGAGAGAUCUCAAGGAAAUGUGUCCUCAGUGCAUAUAGAGUGUGAAACUAAAGCAUGUCAUGGUUUUCAGAAGAAACAGAACUGUCUUGGUUUUAGAAUUGCUGAGUGGCUUGCAUGAAAUUGUUCCUGUCUCUUCAACAGCAGCCUGGCUCUGUUCCUCAUUUAGUGGAAAAUGCUGUUGCCCCUUGAAGUAAAACAAAACAUACACUCCCACCUAGAUAAUAAUGUCAGAAUCAACAGCAAGACAGAAUAAUGACAAAUAUUGUGAUUGUGCUUUUUUUCCUGAAGGAUUCACCAGGGAUGGUGCUUAAGAAUUGUUUUUAAAAGCCUGACCAAUGUAAAUUGAAACAGUUGAUGUACAUUGCAACUUACUGAUUGCAUGUGAAAAUGUACCAAAAAAAAAGUGGUCAGGCUUCUUAGGAUGCCAGCUGAUGAGGAUUUGUUUGUCAAACCACACCAUGGUGCAAACAAGUCUGAGCUUUGCUGGGUCCCUCAUAUGUGUGAUCCCAAUAUUUAUUGUGUUAUGAAUUAAUUAAUAAAUAAAGAAUAUUUUUUCUAGUAAA